AUGUAUAGCGUAAAUUCCGGUGAAAUCCUUGACAAGUUUGCAGCGGGCAAUGAUGGAGCCUCUGUUGAACAAAAACGCCAGGCCCAGAUGAGCAAAUACAGUGAAAAGCUUUUGGCCAAAGCAAAAGAUGUUGAAGAAUUGACCGAAAAGUAUAAGCAUGAACAAAAAAAGGCAGCAGACGAACGUCAAUCAUCGAGCCAGAGGGCCUCGAAUGCUUUAGAGAAAUCGGUAGAAGGCCGUGAUGAGGCCUUGCGCCGUCGUCUUGAGGAACGCCGCAUCCAGCAAGAAAGGCGGAAGUUGGCUAAUGAGGCCGAUAUUGCCAGUCCUGUGAAACCACUUUCCUCCUUUAUGAAUUUGGAUAAAACACUCCAAGAGUCGCCCGAAAAUAUUGGCAAGCUGUGGACAGGCUACCACAUCUCACGGAAUAAGCUAUCGGCAGUAGUUCCAGCUACCACCUAUCUUCACAUGUUUGAAACUUCCCGCAAGUUUCCUCAGUUUGUGGUUCCUCUUCCACGAGCAAUGAAGAACGAACAUCAGCAAGAUGAAUUGGGCUAUGAAAUGCAGUUUUUGCAGUGGACUACGCUUCCUCCCCCCAAAGGCAAUUCGCCAAACGCGCCUCCUCCAACUGCUGUAAUGUUUACGCCCCUCGCUGAAUACCAGUUGCGUCAAGAAUACGCUCAACCGACACUGGUUCUCACUCAUUACACGGAGCUCAUCGAGUCCAAGGGCAUUGUUUUAAUGCGUGGUGAUAUUACUGACAGCGAAGCUAGCAAGGAAAACUCUGAAUCCCGACCAAUAUUGACUCAGCAAGACGCUCAGAUCUUAGCCCUCUGUUUACAACGAUUCUAUCAUAUCGAUUGGGCAUUAGAAGGUCUCGACAACGACGAGGAGGCAGAGCAACGUCGUGCUUUGCUACGUGCUUUCCACGGAAAGCCCGAAAACUUUGACAUUAAAAAACUCAUCCAACUUUCUUUGCAGGUCUAG